AAUAAAAAUAUAAACAAAGUGUAUUAAAAACAAAUAUAUACUAAAUAUUAUGGAAAUUGCCCCAAUAUAUAAUACCGUCGUCGCAACAGCCGCUGCUGCCACUGCAACAACGUCGACGUCGCAGCACAAGCAGCGACAGAGGCGCUCCGCUGCUGCCGCCGCAGUUUUGGCAACAACGGCAACGACAGCAGUAGGCAACACAUUAAUAAACACCGAUAGCAGAGCCCAUCAAAAUGAUAACGUCAAUAACUUGGCGUUGAUUGCAUCGCUGACGCUCCAAAAGGUGCUAAACAUCAACAAUAUUAAUAACAACAACCACAACAUCAACAUCAACCACAACCAUAGCAAUAGCAAUAUCAAUGUUUCUGGCAACACUUUUGGAUCGCCCUAUCAGCAAGAGUCCCAAGUAGCCGCAAAGGCGACGGCAGCAAUUAAACAGCAACAGCAACAACAACAACAACGACGACACUCUGAUAACGAAGCUGAGACUGACAUUUUGACACAGCUGCUCAAAUCGGGCGCCGUAUUUGAGACAACAGCCGCAGCUGCAAGUGUUGCUGUCACGCCUGCGGCGGGCAUCAGUGCGCCCAUUGCGAUCGAAAGGAAGUCGUCACAGCAGAAGCAGCAGCAACAAUAUCAACAACAACAACAACAACAACAGCAGCAACACCAUCAACAUCAUGGGCAUAGCGCACAAAAUCAACGACUCAAUUCAUCCAUAUCAUCGACUAACUCAAGCACAUCAACCAACUCCUCAACGGCCAAUAGCUAUGGCAGCUCCUGUUCCUCCUCAGAGGAUCCAAUGGCAACAACAGCAACAGGCAACGAACCGGUAGCAACAGCAACAGCCACAGCAACAGCAACAGUAAUAAAGUCGUCCAGCAUUAAAUUGCCAGAGAAAUCGAAAAUUCCGUCCGAUAUACUCGACGAUCUGGCUAGUCGAUUCAUCAUCAAUGUACCGGACAUGGAGCUCAACAAUUUAAUACGCAUUUGCUUUCAAAUUGAGCUGGCGCAUUGGUUCUACUUGGACUUCUUCUGUGCGCCCGAGGAAUCGGAGCAACAGCAGAUGCAGCAAAAGCGAAAGCUGCCCGCGGUGGGCAUCAAGCAGUUUGCCAUGCAACUCUUUCAGCACAUUCCCUUUCUGAACAAGCAUUUUGACACUGUGAAUCAGAUAUUGGAGGAGUGGAAAACGUAUAAAUUAUCUGUGCCCACAUAUGGCGCCAUCCUCGUAUCGGAGGACUACAAUCAUUGCCUGUUGGUGCAAUCAUAUUUCGCUCGAAACUCUUGGGGCUUUCCCAAGGGCAAAAUCAAUGAGCACGAGAAUCCCGAACACUGUGCCACCAGGGAGGUAUAUGAGGAGACGGGCUUUGACAUAACGAACAUCAUAGAUGCUGAUGAUUAUAUUGAGGCUUUUAUUAACUAUCAAUUUACACGAUUGUAUAUAGUGCGCAAUAUACCGUUAGAUACGAAAUUUGCGCCGCGCACGCGUAAUGAGAUUAAGUGUUGUGAUUGGUUUCGCAUUGAUGCAUUGCCGGUCAAUAAGAACGAUGCCAUAUCGAAAGCCAAACUGGGUAAGAACUCCAAUUCCUUCUUUAUGAUCAUGCCGUUUGUGAAGCGAUUGAAGAAGUGGGUGAACGAACGUCGCGCCGGCAUUGAGCCAUCAACUCGUCGUCGCAAAUGCUCGGGACAGCAGAGUCCCAAGGCCAUCCUAAACGGUAACGGUGGCACAUCCACGUCGCCCACAAUGCUUGCGAAUGGCAACAAUGAUAAAAAGGAUCAGCAGCAGCGCAGUUCGUCGAAACGUCAACGGCACAAAUCGAUGGGCGACUUGGAUGGAGUUAAGCUAAAUAAUCUCAAUGGCAAGGCGGGCGCAGGAGGAGCUGGAAGUGUCGGUCUCACUGCCAACAGUAACAUUUACCAUAGUAAUAUCAAGCGCAAUAGCAAUUGUAAUGUUAACGGCAACAGCAACAUCAACAACAUCAAUAACAACAACAUUAACAUCAACAACAACAACAAUAACAAUAUCAACAUGAAUAAUAAUAAUAACAAACAACUGAAUGUGGCUGCAGGCAGCAAUACACCAACAACAGCAACAACAACGCCAGUGACAGCAAAUGCUGGAGCAACACCAACUGCUGCAGUAGCAGCGACAACACCAACAACAGCUACAGCUGCAACAGCAACCAGCAAACGGCAACUGUUCCAUAGCCAAAGCCAGAAUGAUGCCCAACAGCCGGCAAGCAAUGAGAAGAUUGUCAGCUCCUUUGAUUUGAUACGCAAGGAAAAGCAGCAACAGCAGAAAGCGGCCAAGGCACAAAAGCAGCAGCAGCAGCAGCAGCAACGUUCGCGCACCAAAUCGCAAAGUGAUAAACAAAACAAUCAGCAGCAGCAGCAGCAGCAGUUUGUUGUCAAAAGCAUUUUGACCAGAAACAACAAUCAACAACAACAGCAGCAGCCACAACAACAACAACAACAGCAGCAACAGCAGCAGCAGCAACAACAACAAUCAACACCCACAACUGGCAUGGAUUUAAUUGCCAUGCUAACAGCAGCAGCUGCAGCACAAAAGACAGCCAAACCGGAGCAACAGCAGCAGCAACAACAACAACAACAACAGCCGCUGCUACGUCCACGUCCCGCUUCGGUUUCAUUGAAUUCGCCAAUAACAACAGUUGCUGGAGCAACUGGCAACAACAGCAGCACAACUCCGGAUGCACAGACAUUGCACAAGCUGCAGCGCAUGGCAUCUGGCACCAAUUUGCGAAUUUUGCAGCGUCCGCAAUCGCAGCAGGCGCAGCAGCAGCAGCCGCAGCAACAACAACAGCAGCAGCAACAACAACAACAACCAGGGCCUUUGAAUUUUACGCCCAAUUUCAAUUCGUGGACGAAUUUCUCAUUCACCAAAAAUUUCAUAGCAAAUGUAUUUUGCUAAUUCAAUUUGAAUGAAUUCUUUCCUUCUAAAUUCUCAUACUUCUUGCAUUUCUAAGUCACAAGGUCAGUUUGUAGGCAGCAUUAACACACACACACACACACACACACACAAGAAACAAUAAUCGUUACACAUAUUAAGUUUUAGGUGUUUCCCAUGGAUCUCUCAUUAAAAGUCUUAUGGACUUUUCGAUAGAUGCAUUUUUCAACAACAACAAACAUAAAGAACAACAAUCUUUUCGACAUUCAUUUGUAUAUAGCGAGCAAGCAAGGAAUGUAAAAUGUUUUGUAUUAACGUAAACACAUUUUCAUACCAAAAAAAAAGUGAAGGAAAAACAAAGAGAAAUGUAAAACGUGAGUCUUCCGCUCCAGCACACGUCAUUUUGUAAAAAUUGUCAGGCAAAAUUUUUAUAUAAUUAUUAUAUAAAAGCAAUGCAUAGCAAUGAAGAGUUGUGCAAUUCGAACGCAGUAAACACUUUUUAGGUAUAACACGAUAUUAUACGACAAGUAAUUAUGUUUUAUUAGAUUGGUUUUAAUUUCCUGUAAGCUAUAAAGUGAGCAAACAAAGUAAAGCAAACAUUCUUCUAAUUAGAGUUCCAGCCUAAGCCGUUUGCGUCUAUUUUUUUAAGAGUAAAGUGAAAAACGAGUUAAGUAAAGGAGGAGAGACGGCGAUAGAGCCGGAUAGAGAGAAAAAGUAAAGAAAACAAAGAAAUGAAAGCAUAGCUUUAAAUGCCUAACGUUCUGCUAUAUAAGUUAUUUGUUUUCUAUACUUUUAUUAAGUACAAUUCGUUCCUUGCACCCAAGUGCAAUGAACCUUUUAUAAAACAACAUUAACAACAACAWCAACAUCAACAUUAAGAACAAGAACAACAUCAAGUUAUGUGGCAAAGAGGCAAACAACUAAUAUGCAAGCAUUUUGCAUGACUUUCUGGGUCGUUUUUACUGCCCCGCCCCAAUUACCACCACCUAAGAUGUAAUGCCAUGAGCAUAAGUACAUAUAAUAAUAAUAWUGAGUGUAAAUAUUUAAUUGUGAUAUAGUAUUUCUUAGCACAAUUGUGAUCUUAACAAAACGGCUAGCUACUACGACUACUACUACAACAACAACAACAACUACGAUUACAUAACAUACAAGUACAUACGCAUAAAAUACAUACGAGAACGACGAACCGAACAAGUGUUUUAUAAGCAAACAAUUUUAAUAUUCGAAAUAAUGCUUCAAUCGAUGAAAAAAAAACCUUGUCCAUUGCCCCAACACAAACACACGGACAGACACAGAUACACARCCCUACACACACACACAUACACAUAUAAAUAUGAAUAUAUACACCUAAAACUAAUAUUAAAGAGUUAGCCAGAGUCAAAGAGAGAGAGAGAGAAAGGGGAUAGAAAUCCCAAAACUGAUUUGGGGGCAAUAUCAGGUAGGCAUAUCCAACAAAAAACAAAAAAUUAAGCAUAAAUAAAAAAUAAAAACAUUGUAUAA